AUGACGGUGGAUAAGGCCUAUUUUAAACACAGGCCCUCUACCCCCUACCACCCAGACACAGGCCCUCUCUACCCCCUACCCACCCAGACACAGGCCCUCUCUACCCCCUACCCACCCAGACACUGCCCUCUCUACCCCCUACCCACGCAGACACAGGCCCUCUCUACCCUACCCACCCAGACACAGGCCCUCUCUACCCCUACCACCCAGACACAGCCCUCUCUACCCCUACCACCCAGACACAGGCCCUCCUCUACCCUACCCAGCCAGACACUGGCCCUCUCUAACCUCCUACCUACCCAGACACUGGCCCUCUCUACCCCCUACCCACCCAGACACAGGCCCUCUCUACCCCCUACCACACCAGACACUGGCCCUCUCUACCCCUACCCACCCAGACACAGGCCCUCUCUACCCCCUACCCACCGACAAGGCCGUCUCUACCCCCUACCCACCCAGACACAGGCCCGUCCUACCCCCUACCACCCAGACACAGGCCUCUCUACCUCUACCCACCCAGACACUGCCCUCUCUACCCCUACCCACCCAGACCCUCUCUACCCCUACCCACCCAGACACAGGCCUCUCUACCCCCUACCCCCACCCUCUCUACCCCCACCACCAGACACAGGCCUCUCUACCCCUACCACCCAGACCCUCUCUAACCCACCACCCAGACACAGGCCCUCUACCCCUACCCACCAGACAGCAGGCCCUCUCUACCCCUACCCACCCAGACACUGGCCUCUCUACCCCUACCCACCAGACACUGGCCGCUCUACCCCCUACCCACCCAGACACAGGCCCGCUCUAACCCCCUUACCCACCCAGACACUGGCCCUCUCUACCCCCUACCCACCCAGACACUGGCCCUCUCUACCCCCUACCACCCGACACGGCCCUAUCUCCCCCUCCCACCCAGACACAGGCCCGCUCUACCCCCUAACCACCCAGACACUGGCCCGCUCUACCCUACCCACCCAGACACUGGCCCUCUCUACCCCCUACCCACCCAGACACUGCGCCUCUCUACCCCCUACCACCCAGACACUGGCCCGCUCUACCCCCUACCCACCCAGACACUGGCCCUCUCUCACCCCUACCCACCCAGACACAGGCCCUCUCUACCCCUACCCACCCAGACACAGGCCGUCUCUAGCCCUACCCACCCAGACACAGGCCGUCUCUACCCCUACCCACCCAGACACAGGCCCUCUCUACCCCAUACCCACCCAGACACAGGCCGUCUCUACCCCCUACCCACCAGACACUGGCCCUCUCUACCCCCUACCCACCCAGACACAGGCCGUCCUCUACCCCUACCCACCCAGACACAGGCCCUCUCUACCCCCUACCCACCCAGACACAGGCCGUCUCUACCCUACCCACCCAGACACAGGCCUCUCUACCCCAUACCCACCCAUACACUGGCCUCUCUACCCCCUACACCCAGACACAGCCCCUCUCUACCCACCCACCCAGCCCUGCCUUCUCUACCCCAUACCCACCCAGACACUGGCCCUCUCUACACAUACCCACCCAGACACUGCCCUCUCACCCCUACCCACCCAGACACAGGCCCUCUCUACCCCCUACCACCCAGACACAGGCCUUCUUCUACCCCUACCCACCCAGACCACAGCCUCUCUACCUACGACAGCCUCUACCCAUACCACCAGACACAGGCCUUCUCUACCCAUACCCACCAGACACUGGCCCUCUCUACACAAUAACCACCCAGACACUGCCCUCUCUACCCCCUACCCACCCAGACACAGCCUCUCUACCCCCUACCCACCUAGACACAGCCCUCUCUACCCCUACCCACCCAGACCCACCCAAGGGGUUUUCCAAUAG